AUGGAUCCCCUGUACUUUUCCAGCACGUUCAGCAUGGAAGCCGCUCCCAGCGAGGUGAACUCCUCCCUGCUGCCCAACGUGACGGAGAACGGGACGCUGGCGGAGCCGCCCCCGUUCCAGUACAUCCACAAGGUGCUCAUCCCCAUCUGCUACCUGCUGGUGUGCGCCGUGGGGCUGAGCGGCAACGCCCUGGUCAUCUACGUGGUGCUGCGCCACGCCAAGAUGAAAACGGUCACCAACAUCUACAUCCUCAACCUGGCCGUGGCCGACGUGCUCUUCAUGCUGGGCCUGCCCUUCCUGGCCACCCAAAACGCCAUCUCCUACUGGCCCUUCGGCUCCUUCCUCUGCCGGCUGGUGAUGACCGUGGACGGCAUCAACCAGUUCACCAGCAUCUUCUGCCUGACGGUGAUGAGCAUGGACCGCUACCUGGCCGUGGUGCACCCCAUCAAAUCCACCAAGUGGAGACGCCCCAGGGUGGCCAAGCUCAUCAGUGCCACCGUUUGGACCUUCUCCUUCUUGGUGGUGCUGCCCGUGAUCAUCUUCUCGGACGUGCAGGAGGACUUCCAGACGUGCAACAUGAACUGGCCGGAGCCGGUCAACGUCUGGUCGGCGGCGUUCAUCAUCUACACCUCGGUGCUGGGCUUCUUCGGCCCUUUGCUGGUCAUCUGCCUGUGCUACCUGCUGAUCGUGGUCAAGGUCAAGUCCUCGGGGAUCCGCGUGGGCUCCACGCGGCGCCGCAGGUCGGAGCGGAAGGUCACCAGGAUGGUGGUGAUCAUCGUGGUGGUCUUCGUGUUCUGCUGGCUGCCCUUCUACACCAUGAACAUCGUCAACCUGAUCCUCAUCCUGCCCGCCGACCCCGUCCUGGAGGGGCUCUACUUCUUCAUGGUGGUGCUGUCCUACGCCAACAGCUGCGCCAACCCCAUCCUCUAUGGCUUCCUCUCCGACAACUUCAAGCAGAGCUUCCAGAAGGUUCUCUGCCUCCGGAAGGGCGACGGAGCGGAGGAUGGAGACCCCGUGGAGCACAGGCAGGAGAACAGCAGCCGCCUGCAGGAGUCCAUGCUGACCCAGAGGAACGCGGAGUUCAACGGGCACAUGCAGACCAGCAAGGUCUGA